UAUUGAGGUCAAACUGAAGAGAAAUGGCGGAGGCUGCUCUUCUUCUUGUCACAAUAAAGAUUGGAAUAGCUGUCGGAGCAGAAACGCUUCACUAUGCUAGGUCUGUUGCAAAACUCUCAGAGAACAUGACACUGAUAAGGAAUGACCUGCAGCUUAUUCGAGCAUUUAUCAAGGAGACUGAAAGGAGAGCUUUGACAGAUGGAGUCACCGAAACAUGGACAGGGCAAGUCCGAAGAUUGGCGUAUGACAUGGAAGACAUUGUGGAUCAAUUUAUGUAUGUUGUUGGCAAACACCAUCAGAAAGGAUCAUGGUGGAGUUAUGUGAAGAAAAUCGUGAAGAAACCCCAGUAUCUGUUUACACUAGGUGAAAUUGCUACUGGCCUUAAGAAAAUAAACCGAGCCCUUACACAUCUUAAACAAAACAGAGAUUGGACUCAACCAAUAGCUAGUAAAAAUAUUGAUGGGGUCACUGAAUUUGGAAAAUUGUCCAAAUUUGAAAUCAUUGCCUUGUGGGGUAUGGGUGGUAUUGGAAAAAGCACUCUUGUUAGUAAUGUGUUCAGAACUGAAGCAUCCAACUUUGAAUUUCAUGCAUGGGUUUCUGUCUCCCAGUCCUAUAAACUAGAUGAUAUUUGGAGAAGAAUGCUGAAAGAAAUCUAUUCUAAAGACAAGAAAGAAUUUGAUGCUGAGAAGAUGACCUGUCGAGAGUUACAAGAUGAAUUGAAGGAACUCCUGAAGAUAAGACAAUACUUGAUCAUACUGGAUGAUGUCUGGACAGCUGAAGACUUACGAAAAAUUAAAGAGGUUCUUGUCGAUGCAAAAAUGGGAAGCAGAAUAAUACUGACAACAAGAUCUGAGGAAGUUGCUUCAAUUGCUCAUGAUGGUUGCAGGAUCAAAGUGGAGCCUCUUGAGGAGGAGGAUGCAUGGCGUCUGUUUUGCAGGAAGGCAUUUCCAAGCACUGAAAAUCACGUCUGCCCAUUAGCAUUACAAGAGUGUGGUAAAUCGAUAGUGGAGAGGUGUGAUGGUUUACCAUUAGCUCUUGUGGCCAUAGGGAGCUUAUUAUCUCUUAAGGCGCAGAAUGUUGCAGAUUGGAAACUAUGUGAUGCGCAACUUAUUUCCGAUCUACACAAAAAUGAGAACCCAAGUCGCGUGGAGAAAAUUCUGAAUCUAAGCUACAAAUACUUGCCUGACUAUUUGAAGAGUUGUUUCUUGUAUUGUACCAUGUUCCCAGAAGACCACAUGAUCCAUAGAAAAAGACUGAUCAGACUAUGGGUCGCUCAAGGGUUUGUUGAACAAAUUGGAAAUUGCAGUUUAGAAGAUGUUGUUGAAGGUUACCUGACACAGCUCGUUCAACGAAGCAUGCUUCAUGUGGUAGAGAGGAACAGUUUUAACAGGAUCAGGUGACUUCGAAUGCAUGAUCUUGUACGUGAAUUGGCCAUUUUCCAAUCCAAGAAAGAGAGUUUCGGUACAACUUAUGAUGAUAGUCAUGGGGUGAUGCUGGGGGAGUCAGGUUCUCGACGUUUGUCAGUGCUCCAAUGCAAAAAUGAUAUUCAACCAAGCAUAGGUCAAUGCAGGCUCCGUACCUUCAUAACAUUCAGCAGCAACAUGGCAUCAUCUUCAUUGUUUCCCUCAGAAUCUAAGGGUGUGUUUGGUUGAGGAACCAAGUGGAACGGAAUGUAAUGGUUCCAUUCUUCUAGAAUUGGUCGGUUCCGUUCCUGCGUUUGGUAGAAGCAAUUAGACGGAGUGGAAUGGUUAUGUUUUAUUGUUUGGUACAAGAGACGGAAUGGAAUGUAUUUGGUGUAGAAA